ACAUUCAUAGGAAUGGGUUAUUAUAAUUGUGUGACACCGACGCCCAUAUUGAGAAAUAUUUUCGAGAAUCCAGGUUGGACGACUCCGUAUACCCCCUAUCAGGCAGAGAUAGCGCAGGGAAGGCUGGAAUCGUUGCUCAAUUACCAGACAAUGAUUUGCGAUUUGACCGCUUUGGACAUAACCAACGCUAGUCUUCUGGAUGAGGGAACGGCUGCUGCAGAGGCCAUGCAGAUGUGUUUCAGGCAUCACAAGGAGAAACGAAACAAAUUCCUCAUCUCCAACAACGCUCAUCCGCAGACUAUGGCCAUCGUUAAGACUCGGGCCGACGCUCUCGGCAUCAAAAUGGAGGCCUUCGACGGCACCAAAGAUGUGUUCGACGGAGUGACCAAAUUGGGUGAUCUCUUUGAUUUGUCCCAAUUCUGUGGCGUUUUGGUCAACUUUCCCGACACCAACGGCAAUGUCGACAACUUGUCGUCGAUUGUGGAACAGUCCAAAGCCAAAGAUUGUAUCGUCAUAGUGGCCACGGAUCUGCUGGCGCUGACCAUGAUCAAACCGCCGGGCGAGUACGGGCCCGGCUGUGACAUAGCCAUCGGUACGGCUCAACGGUUUGGCAUACCGUUGAACUACGGCGGACCGCACGCAGCCUUUUUGGCCUGUCGUGAGUAUUUGACCCGAAUAUUGCCGGGAAGAGUGGUUGGACUGACGAAAGACGCUCAGGGAAAUCGGGCGCUCAGACUCGCCCUACAGACCCGCGAACAGCACAUCCGUAGAGAUAAGGCCACGUCCAACAUAUGCACGGCUCAGGCCCUGUUGGCCAACAUGAGCGCAAUGUAUGCCAUAUAUCACGGACCGCAGGGUCUGAAGAAUAUCGCGAAAGCGAUACACGAGAAGACACUAUAUUUGGCCCAAAAGAUAUCGGAAAACGACGACAAUCGAGUGGUUACUUAUAUGCCGUUCGAUACGCUCAAAGUGGAGGUCAAACUCCAGAAGUUUAUUCGAUCCAAAGCCGAGUCCAGACGAAUCAAUUUGCGUUACUAUCCCGACGGCAAACACGUGGGCAUCUCAUUGGAUGAGACAGUUUCGGAUCAGGACCUCAAGGACUUGGUCUGGGUUUUUGGCGCUCACGAAGAGUAUGAAAAAGACGGCGAAAUUAAGUUUUCGGAAGAUUUGCUGGAAAAGAGCAUCGAAUCGACGCCAUUGGGCCGAAAGUCUGCAUUUCUGACACAUCCACUGUUCAACACAUACCACAGC